CCCCUCUCAGGGCUUCCCAACGGGUCUGAUUAAGCCCUGGAGAACCCAGCAGAGCUGCUCGCCACCUCCUCGGUCACACCUCCCCAACCUCCCUUCCUCGCGGCCUCGGUCCCUCCCCGGCUGCUGUCUUCGGGCCUCAUUGGCCCCUUAUCUCCCCAGUAACCGACCACAACAGUGAGCUAGGAGCACCGAGGACAGGUCAGGCACUCCAGCAGGAAUCCACCCUCUUUGGCAAAGAUGCCUUUAGGACUGUCUGCAGGGAGCGCCCGCUCCGAGGAUGGAAGCGAGGUCUUCCUAGAGGGAAUGGUGGAUUGGGAGCUGAGCAGACUGCAGCGACAGUGCAGAGCGAUGGAGGGCGAGAGGCGGGCCUACAGCAAGGAGGUCCACCAGCGCAUCAAUAAGCAACUUGAGGAGAUCCACAGCCUGGAGGCGGAGCGCGACAGACUCCAGGUGCAGAUCAGCAUCGCCCAGAGCCAGGUCAAGCGGCUGCGGGACAGCGAGAGGCUAAAGAACAUGGGCCGCUUGCUGAAGUGCCGGGCCCGGGUGCAGGCCGAGGUCAAGGAGCUGCAGCUGCAGGCCAGAGCCUUGGACCAGCAGAUCCGGGAGUGGGAGGCCCGGAUCUUUGUCCACGGUAAGGACGUCAAGGCCCCGGGAGUCAUCCUAGAGCAGAAGGCCAAGAUCCAGCGAAGGAUCAAGAUCCUGGAAGACCAGCUGGACAGGGUCACCUGUCGCUUUGACAUCCAGCUGGUGCGGAACGCCGCCCUGCGGGAGGAGCUCGAUCUCCUGCGGAUUGAGAGGAACCGCUAUCUGAACGUGGACCACAGGCUGCAGAAGGAGAUCGAGCUCCUGCAGCACACGAUCAACACGCUCAUCAUCUCCUCCACCUCGGCCUACAGCGCCAGGGAGGAGGCCAAGACCAAGAUGGGCCUGCUGCAGGAGAGGGCGGACAAGGAGGUGUCGCAGAACCAGACGGAGGUGCAGAGCCUGCAGCGGCAGAUAGCGCACCUGGAGCAUCUGCACCGCUUCCUCAAGCUCAAGAACGACGAGCGGCAGCCGGACCCCGCCGUGGUGGAGAAGCGCGAGAAACGCGCCAAGGAGGUGGCCGAGGGCCUCCGGAAGAGCUCCCAGGAGAGGCUGACGCUGCGCUACGAGGACGCCCUGAAUAAACUGUCCCAGCUGACCGGGGAGAGCGACCCGGACCUGCUGGUGGAGAAGUACCUGGAGCUGGAGGAGCGCAACUUCGCUGAGUUCAACUUCAUCAAUGAGCAGAACUCGGAGCUGGAGCAUCUGCAGGACGAGAUCAAGGAGAUGCAGGAGGCCAUAGAGAGCGCGCACGCCAACGAGGCUGCCCGGCGGUCGCUGCGCGAGCAGGAGUGGGCUGCGCUGCGGCAGCGCAUGGGACAGGUGGGCGCGGAGGCCAACAGACUCGAGGCCCGCUCGCAGGACCUGCAGGGGCAGCUGGAGAAGCUCAAGGCCGAUAUCCAGCAGCUGUUCUCCAGGGCUCAGUGUGACAGCACCAUCAUCAACGACCUUCUGGGGGUCAAGACAUACAUGCGCGACCGGGACAUAGGCCUCUUCCUGCGUCUCAUUGAGAAGCGGCUGGUGGAGCUUCUGACGGUGCAGGCCUUCCUGGACACCCAGAACUACACCUCCAGCCUGGCCGACGCGGCGCUCCUGGUGCUGGGCCAGAGCGCGGACGAUCUGCCGAGGAAGGUGGCCCUGCCGCAGCUCCCCGACAACCUGGAUGAACCCCCAGGCUUCGAGGCCAAAGAAGAGUAUCCUCUGAGCAAAGAGGAGCUGCUGGGCCACGUGAUGAAGUCGCUGGAGGCCCGGGAGCGGGCGCGGGAGCAGAACCGGAAGGAGCUGGUCCAGGUCCUGGAGGACAGUAGCAUCCCGAACAUUACCCUCCCCGGUACCCGCGAAGCCAGCUCAGGCGCAGCCCUGCUGACCGCCAAGAGCCCCACUAAUGUCCCCGGAUCCAUCCUGAGCAACAAGACUAGCGGCAUCCUGGCGUCCAGCGGAGGCCGUGCCACCAGCUCCAAUGUGGCCCGUGUCACUUUUGGUGACCCCACCUCCACUGCGGGCUACAGGACUAGCUCCACCAAUGCCAGCGAGGGCUCGAGACCCCUCAGCUCUAGCAGCUACCUGGGCUCCACGGGAUACCUGGAGUCCAGCAGAGGCCGCGAGAGCCUCGGCGGCGCACAGAGCAGAGGCACCGAGUCAGAAUCGAGCGGAGGCCCGGCGUCCAGCAGAGGCCACGUCUCGAGCACCGGCCCUGCCUCCAGCACCGGCCCGGGCUCCACCACCAGCAAGGACUCCCAGGGCUUCGACUAGGGCCCCCCGGGCUGCCCCUGGGCCCCGAUGUCCCCGUGACUCUUCGUCUUCCUCUCCCAGUUCUGGCCUCCGCGCCUCUUUGCCCCGCAUCUGUCUCCCCCCGCCCCUCCCUGCGUCCCUGUAUCUGUUUCCACCGGCUCGUCAUCAUCUUGUCUCUGUCCUCUGGCCUCCACACCCUUUUCCCUCGUCUCUCGGCCCUCUCUGCCCCUCUCUCCGUCUCCCGUUUCUGCUUCCCCUUCUCCGAUUCCCCCUCCUCGUCUCCCCACCGGCUCCCUUGCAUCUCAUGUCCCUGUCUGGGUAGCUUCCCACCCUCCCCAAGAGCCCCCAGCACUGACAAGGGGGGGAAGAAUCGGGGCCAAGGAGUCAAGGUCGGCAUGAGCCGUGACCAUAGGAAAUAAAGGCCAGAGCCUGACUUUUACCCCAGUCUGGUCCCAGGUGUGUGUGCGAAACAGCACUCGAGAGACACGGCUGGCCCAGGGGAAAUGUCACGGCCCUGUUCAUUCAUUCGUUCA